GGGCGGCGGUGGGCGGGGCUUGGGAGGCGAGGGGCUUCGCCGGGCGGUUGGUGGUGGCUGCUGCCGCCGAGGGGGCCAUGAUAGCCGAGCAGCCGCCGCCGGCCCGGGAGGAGGUCGCCGCCUCCACUGUCGCCGUCUCCGAAAGCCAGGCGAGGAACUCCAGCAUGCUUGUAAACCAGCUGAGAGAGAUCACAGGGAUUCAGGAUCCUCUAGUUCUCCAUAAAACCCUGAAGGCUGCUAAUGGGGACUUGAUGGUGGCCGUUGAGAUUCUCACCCGGGGUCUGCCGAAAGAGUCAGGCCAAGAGCCAUCUGACUGUGCUGCAGAACCAGCUGACUCUGAACGGAGUGUGGUCGUCCAAACGGAGGCAACGAGUACAAGUGAUUCAGUACCACAUAACCAAGCUGAUCUGCAGAAACUCACCCCAUUGAGAAUCCAGAAGUUUCCAGCUGUUUGCGCCAUUCAAGCGGAUUCUAAUGGAACAGUGAUUGUAGCUCACGAGUCAAGUGUGACAGAAAGUAAAAAUCGUUCCAAAAGAAAACGAUGUGAAGUCUGGGGAGAGAGCCUCAGCCAGAAUGGGUGGAGGAGAACAGACGACUGGCCUGUAGGAAUGAAAAACAUUGGAAAUACUUGCUGGUUCAGUUCAGUCAUACAGUCUCUUUUCCACUUGCCAGAAUUCCGACAUCUGGUCCUCGGCUACUGCGUUCCAGACAGCGUCCUUGACAAUUGUCAAAGCCGCAGUAAGAAGAGGAACAUCACAUUCAUGCAGGAGCUUCAGUGUCUCUUUACCUUGAUGCUGGGAACAAUCCGUAAAUUUGUAGACCCUUCUGCAGCGCUAGAACUCCUCAGGGGGGCAUUCAGAUCUCCUGAUGAGCAGCAGCAAGAUGUGAGUGAGUUCACGCACAAACUCCUGGACUGGCUGGAGGAUGCUUUCCAGUCGGCUGUGAAUGUCAGCAAUAGCCCCCAAGACAAGUCAGAAAACCCAAUGGUUCAACUUUUUUAUGGAACUUUUUUAACUGAAGGAAUUCAUGAAGGCAAGACCUUUUCCAAAAUCGAGACCUUUGGCCAGUAUCCCCUGCAGGUAAACGGUUAUAUGAACUUGAACGAGUGUUUGGAAGGAGCCAUGGUAGAGAAGGAAACUGGAUCACCUUCUUCUGAUCAAUCAGUGAAAUACGGGCAAGAGCGCUGGUUCACAAAACUCCCUCCGGUGCUGACCUUUGAACUUUCCCGGUUUGAGUUCAAUCAGUCCCUUGGACAGCCAGAGAAGAUACACAGCAAGCUAGAAUUCUCACAAGUAAUUUACAUGGACAGGUUCCUGUAUAGCAACAAAGAACUUAUUCAAGCCAGAAGAGAAGAAAUCAAGAAGCUGGAGGAUCAGAUUGCACUUCUGCAGCGGAAACUGGAAAGGUACAUGAAAUACGGAUCUGGUGAAGACCGCUUCCCCUUGCGGGACAUGCUGCUCUAUGUGCUGGAGUUUGCAAGUACGAGGCCUUCCCCACCAGAAUUCCAGGCCAAAGGCCACGUUUCAGACACGCCUCCCAUGCCUAGCAGGGGGGUGGCAACACAAACCACUGAGAGUGGUGAAGACGCUGUAGUCCCCUCUGAACAAGAACUAGCGAGCAGACCUUUCCAGUCUCCCUGGGACCCUGCGGAGAUGCCGGAGCACCCAGCUCCUCGCGUGGUCGCAGAGGAUGAGAUGAGUCUCGUCAUGACGUGCCUGCAACGGUGGAGGAAAGAGGUUGAGCAAGACAUCCAAGGCCUGCAGAACUCCAUUGCCUUGCUUGCGGAGACCAUUGAUCUGAUGUUUGUUGAUCCGUCCCUCAGUCAGGUUCCUUAUCAUUUGCAUGCCGUCCUCAUCCAUGAAGGCCAGGCCAAUGCCGGCCACUACUGGGCCUACAUCUAUAACCAUCCCCGCAAGAGGUGGCUGAAGUAUAAUGACAUCUCUGUGACAGACGCCUCCUGGGAAGAGCUGGAGAGGGACUCGUUCGGAGGCCUGAGGAACGCGAGCGCCUAUUGCCUGAUGUACAUCAACGAAACGCUUUUCCACUCUGCUGCAGCCAAUGAGGACCACAGUGGGCAUUUCCAGAGGGAAGCGGAAGCUCUGGAUACAGCACUGCAGGACUACAUUCGAGACCACAACUGGCGGGUUGAACAAGAAAUGGCGGAAAUGGAGGAGGAGCAGUCCUGCAAGAUGGCACAGAUAGAGGAGUUGGAGUCAUCCGUUGACUCUCAGUAUCUCUCGACAGACUCUUCGCAGGCUUCACCCUCUGAACACGUGGUGUGCCCUCUCUCUACCGAACAUGCCAUGAUCUCCAAGGACCAGACGGCUCAAGCCAUCGCCAAAGCAGCUGACGUUUAUGAGAAGAAUGGGGCGGGGGCAGCUUUCAUAGCGCCAAAGGGGGCAGAGCCAGCGGAGGAAACCCUGGAAGAAGCCAGCCUCGCACCUCAGGCAGAAGAGCAGCAGGGCCCUGUGGGGGUGGCCCCUGUGGCUCCUGCCCUGCCUAGCUCUCAGGUCUCUGAAGUGGAGAUCCCCAGUGUGGGCAAGAUUCUGGUGAGGUCGGAUGCUGAUGGCUAUGACGAGGAGGUGAUGCUUAGUCCCGCCAUGCAGGGUGUGAUCCUGGCCAUAGCUAAAGCCCGCCAGACUUUUGACCGGGAUGGGUCUGAAGCGGGGCUAGUUAAGGCAUUCCGUGAAGAAUACGCCCGGCUGUAUCAGCUUUCCAGAGAGACCCCCACACCUCAGAACGACCCCCGGCUUCAGCACGUUCUAGUUUACUUUUUGCAGAACGAUGCUCCUCCGCGAGUGGUGGAGCGGACUCUUCUGGAGCAGUUUGCAGACAAAAACCUCAGCUUCGAUGAAAGAUCAAUUAGCAUUAUGAAAGUUGCACGAGCCAAGCUGAAAGACAUCGGUCCUGAGGACAUCAACAUGGAUGAGUAUCAGAAAUGGCAUGAAGACUACAGCUUGUUUCGCAAGGUGUCUGUAUACCUGCUGACGGGCUUGGAGCUAUACCAGAAUGAAAAGUAUUGUGAGGCCCUGACCUACCUGGUGUAUGCUUAUCAGAGCAACAUUACCCUGCUGAGCAGGGGACCCAACAGAGGUGUGGAUGAAGCUUUGAUCGCUCUCUACAGAAGGAAAUGCCUCUUGAAGCUGAACGAUGCUGCAGCAACCCUUUUUGAAAGCUGCCACGAAGUGAGCGUGGCUGAGAGCAUGAGCUAUUUGAAUGAGCUGAUCAUUCCCUGCAUGCACCUCAUCGUAAGCAAGGACGUCUCCACGGAUGACCUGGAUGCCAUUGAGGUCAUGAGAAAUCGUUGGUGUUCUUACCUGGGAAAAGACAUGGACGAAGACUUGCAGCUGAAGUUGGGUGAAUUGCUGCCCCGUCUGCUGGACUGCUCCGCAGAGGGAGUCGUUCUGAAAGAGCCGCCCAAGAUCCGGCCCAACUCGCCCUACGACCUCUGCAGCCGGUUUGCAGCCGUGAUGGAGUCCAUCCACAGGGCCUCCACUGUGACUGUCAACUAAAUCUCCCCUGGAGGCCGCAGAUCCCGAAGCUCAGCCGCUGCCCUCGUCUGCAGGAUCAUGCAGGGAGGGGGAAGGAAGGACAUCCGUCUGGACGACUCUCAUCGGAACGGAACUGAUCAUUUGCCUAGGAAAGCGCUGAAAAGACUGUGGUGCUUUUUCUUUUAAACGUGCACUAAGUGAGGGCAGGCACUGACAUUUCACAGCAUGCGUUUGCCUAGAACAGCAUUUUGCCUUUUUUUACUCCCAACAAGAACGUAGAGGCGCUGUGCAAAUUUUAAAUUUUAAAUGAAAUAUCGUACACACUACAUUGCCCAAUUUUUAUUUCAUUUCAUUUGUGCACAGUGUAGACCAUAAGUACUUACUCCCCUGUAAGCAUUCCACACGCACUCCGCCGCAUUUCAUUGAACUUGGCACGUUCACUAGCUGGUUUAGCAUGCGCCGUUCGCAUAUGAACACGGUGCCUGACUGAAACAUUAGACGGGGGGCCUGUGGACUCCGCCUGCAGCUGGGCCAGCGCAUGUGGCGUGUGCACAGUCAGAGGUGGGGCGCAUGUGGAACGGGGGAAAGCUUUCUCCUUGUGAUUUGCCUUGUGUAAGUUAUUGAUGCUCAGUGACGUUAGAACAGGACUUGGGUCUCCCUUAUUUUCUGCAAAAGUCAUGGGGCGGGAUGUUCAUCAAUAAUUCUUUUUCAAGGGGGAGUUCAAACACUGUAGAAUAGAAUUGGAAGCGCUGCCUGCGUUUGAUUUAACAGAACUUAGGCAGCAUGAAGAUGGAACUGGCCACCUGCGUGGCGAGCAGUGGAGGCACUGAGUGUGCAUCGUGACUGGCUACCUGCGUCAGUGAGUGUUUAAACCAAGCGCUGCUAGCCGAACGUAGUGCUUGGUUGCCCCAGGGGAAUCAGCCACAGCUCCGAGACUGCACUGGCAAAAGCACUGAAGUCGUUCCACUGCAGGGAGUCGAGGUGGAAAGCCUCCGCUCAGAAGAAAACUGCCCAUUUCCCUGGCAAAAUAUUUCCUUCAGCGCUAGUCACAGCAUUUAAUGACCAGGGUGGCAUCUGAGAUGCACGGUGUGUUGAAGUCCAAGACGAGCCCCCCCCCCCUUUUUUUUUUUUAAACAGUCCACACAUUCUGAAGGAAAGCAUCUGCCUGUCUGUUUUUAAAUGGCCUUCAUUUUAUUGGAAUACUGACAAAUCAGGGUGUCAAUGGAAGCCAUUGUAUUUGAUAAGCCUUUUAGGUAAUUAUAAGUUGCAAUAAAUAUUUUGUUGCCUUAUUUAAA